AUGACUGAAGUUAAAUCGUUGGAUACAGGCUUGAGCGAUGCCAAAACGCGAUCAAUUGCAACCUUUGGACUUACACGAGAUCUCAAACAACCCAUAAUGGUCAAAAUAUGUUAUCUAGAAUGCACUAACCCACAUCCGCAGCUCGCCACCAUGUCUGAAAAACUAGAAGACCCCAAAGUGUUUAAAAAUCUAUCGAAAAUAUAUCGAAACUCGGAUUUAUUUGUUCAGGUGGAGUUGUUUGAUGGCAAGAAUAACAACCCGUUGAGUACACCCGUCCAAACCUCAUAUCGUGCAUUUAACAAUAAGCGUCGACUAUGGAAUCAAUACCUUAAACUAAUGAUUAGUUAUAAUCAGGUUUAUUUAGAUUCGUACUUGAAAUUCACAUUAUUGGAGAUUGUUGAGACCAAACCGGAAGUGUUUGGUGUAGGGUAUAUAAGCUUGUUUAAUACGAGAACAUCCACUUUAAGGACUGGAUCGCAAAAGAUACCCGUGUAUACAAAACACGGGAACGGGGUAGAUAUUGAAGAUGUCCGGGACAAGUUGGAUUACACAGACUCCUCGGGAUUGACAGACAUAGAAAAGAAUUUGAUCAAAUAUGAAAAUGGAGAGUACCCGAGAAUAAGCUGGUUGGAUAAACUUGCUCUACCACAAGUUAGUGCAUCAAAGGAUGUGAACAAGGACCACAAUUACUACCUAUAUAUUGAGAUGCCCAACCUCGAGUUUCCGUUUGUGUAUUCUGACAUCACUUAUAACGUCCCUACCUUACAGCAGUUGAAUACACUGGAAACCGGAGUGGGUGCCACUGCAGCCGCGACUGCCCCAGGGAGCAAAAUAAUUAACUCUAUUGACAUACCAAUGUCGAGCGUUAAUCCGAAAUUGAUGAAAAUAUAUGACCCCGAUUUUGAUGUUACGGCUAAAUUUUUGCUGAAUAACAACAAUUUUAAUUCUAAUGCCAAUGAUAUUGCCACUACUACCAAUAAUGCUAUUCUUCCUGGUUAUGAUACCACUGCUGCUGCCACGAUUGCCACCAACUCUACUCCAAUUGCUGCUAUAGCUUCUGCCAGCGCAACUAAUAUGCUAGACCCAAUUGAGCUUAAAUUUCACAAACUUGAAAGAAACAUCAAUAAUAAUUCGAUAAUUGAUAAAGAUUUGAAACCGACCCCACAAUUAAGAGACGAGCUUCACAAAAUUUUGUUGAAGCCGUCGAACUCGGAACUUUCCGACAAUGAGAAGAAUCUUUUAUGGCGGUUCCGUUACUAUUUCAGCAAGAAUAACUCAUUGGAGUCUAGUUCCAACGCAUCAGCGUCAAAAUCCUUCUUGCCCAAGUUUUUGAAAUCCAUCAAUUGGGAGAAUGAUUAUGAAUUGAACCAUACUUUUAAGGAGAUUUUACCACUUUAUUGGAAUGUUGAUAAAUUACAAGUUGGAGAUGCUUUGGAAUUACUCGAUAACUAUUUCAAUCCAUAUACAUUGACACAGGGUAUGCUAUCGGAAGCAGCGGAAUUGAGAAAUGAUUACAAGCUCAAAGACGAAGAAGCACGGUUUAGAAAGGUAUUUAAUCAUGUGUCUUAUCUAAGAAAGUUAGCAGUGGAGAGGCUACGAAAAGCAAGUAGCGAAGAGUUGAUGCUAUAUCUUUUGCAACUUGUCCAAGCACUUAAGUACGAGGCUUUGAUGUAUAGAGAGCAGUUUAGUAGUGAUGAGGAGAAUGAUUCCCAGUCCUUAAACCUUCCACUUGCAGAUUUCCUUAUUGAAUCAGCUGUGAAGAAUGAAAGUUUAGGGAACUUUUUUUAUUGGUAUGUCAAAGUAGAGAAUGAGGAUUAUCUUAACAAACAAGUGUUUCUGACCAACUUAAAUGCUCCUUUGAAUACGCCUACAUCAUCUAACAGCAAGAACAAGAACAAUAACAUUUAUGCAUUUGUUUUAAAUAAAUACAUUGAAUCUUUGAAACUUUAUUGUCACGAGAACAAACUUCCUUAUUAUAAACAUCUUAAAAGACAAAUAUGGUUCAUUAAAAAACUCACAAACUUGGUUGAGCUUUUGCGAAAAACAUUUAAAAAGAAUGAAGCAACAAUGCGCAAAGUAGAGUUUUUGCGAGACUACUUGUCGGCAUCGUCCAAUGAGUUGCUAAAGUUUCCUGAGCCAUUUCCACUUCCAUUAGACCCAUCAGUGAUUGUUUGCGGUUGUUAUCCACAAGAGUCUUCUGUUUUCAAAUCAUCCUUGGCCCCAUUGAAGAUUACACUCAAAACACUCGAAGGCAAAAAAACCCAUCAUUCCUCUCAAGUGUUUGGGAAAAAGACAAACAAGCAUGGUAAAUACCCACUCAUGUUCAAGAUUGGCGACGAUUUACGACAAGACCAAUUAGUUAUCCAAAUAAUCAAUUUAAUGGAUCAGUUGCUCAAGAAUGAGAAUCUAGAUUUGAAACUCACGCCAUAUAAAAUUUUAGCAACUAGUCCCGUUGCAGGCUUGAUACAGUUUGUUCCUAAUGAAACUUUGGAUUCGAUUUUGUCCAAAAAUAGUCAAAUGACGGUAACAAUAUCCGAAGCUAUGAAUACCACUGAGACCUCGGUACAACAAAAUGCAAGUGGUAAUGGAAUUUUAAACUAUCUUCGGCUCCAUAGUCGGGAAAAGCAACCUGUUGAGCCUGUCUCGAAAAGUGUCUUACAUUCCGUUAUAUCUUCAACAUCGGGCCUUUCCAAUUUGGGAAACAAUGCUGCAGCCAGCCGCAACUCUAUACAAACUGUCGUAUCUGACUUGGGUGUUUCACCCGCGUUGAUGGAUAACUACGUGAAAUCGUGUGCAGGAUAUUGUGUUAUAACGUAUAUACUUGGUGUAGGAGAUCGACAUUUGGACAAUUUAUUACUUUCACCAAAUGGGAAAUUCUGGCAUGCAGACUUUGGGUACAUCCUUGGGAGAGACCCAAAGCCAUUUCCGCCCUUGAUGAAGUUGCCAAUCCAGGUAAUUGAUGGAAUGGGUGGUUUGAAUCAUGAAAACUAUAACAUUUUCAAAAGCUAUUGUUUCAUUACAUAUUCAGCAUUGAGGAAAAACAGCAAUUUAAUACUCAAUUUAUUCCAGUUGAUGUUGGAUGCUAAUAUUCCAGAUAUAACAGUCGACCCAUCAAGAGUUAUCAGCAAAGUGCAAGAAAAAUUCUGCUUGCAAAUGACCGAAGAGGAGGCGAUUUUGCAUUUCCAAAACUUAAUCAACGAUAGUGUCAAUGCAUUCCUACCCGUGGUAAUUGAUAGGUUGCACAGUUUGGCACAAUACUGGAGGGCUUAG